AGGGGUAGCGGCAUGUACCGUCCUUCCGUCUUUACAGCUACGAUCACCCUUGCCCGGCUACGAGCAAGCUCUUCACUCAAGACGGAUAAGGACGCGACUGGAAAAAAGCGUUUUGGUAUGGUGAUUUCUGUCUCCUGCCAUGUCCCUUUCUGCCCUCCUGUACGGCAAUAUCCGCAGUACACAUCUAUGUCUUUAUCUCUUAGCCUCUCUGGAACCACGCGCAUCUCGGAAUCGUCAGCGGACCACCCUGUGACGGUCGUCUGCUCUCGACACAAGAUGAUUUGCCUCUCCGUAUCUCUCCCAUUGCACACGCUACAUUGAAUUUUGGUGUUUCUAGGCUCAUUAUUAUGCCACGAGUGGUCAAUUGGCCAUCUACGCUGCUCCGAUUGUCAAAUUAGUGCCUGGGUGUCGCCCCUAUAUUAGAGGAGAGCUGCCGGUACAAGACGAAGUCUGGCCCCCCGGCGCGACCACGCGAAGUAGAGGCGUGUACCGGUUUUCCUCGGUUCCCGAUGCGUGUCUCGUAUCGUGCUGGCAUGCAGCGCGCAAGCUAGCAGCUUGCGUCUCGACACUACGCCCUGUUCGGGCAGUCAUUU